ACGGGAGGUAAUUGUCGGAAACAUGGAUUCAGACGAGGUUAUGGGGUCUGCGGCUGGGGAGCAAAAUGAAGACCUUGACGAGAAAUUCCCAAACCGCCCACAAAAUCAUUCUCCUACACUCCCUUUUCACGAACUCUUUCUUAACCUCUUCAACCCGCUCAGCGAAAUCAAGAAGAAGCCCGCAGGGCAAGGCCCCGCGCGCCGGAAAGCCGGUCCUAGCGGAAAGUCUGCAGCGAAUUUGAACCCCCUCGAAAGGCGACGUGAUGUAAUAGAGCGAUUCAUAUCGCGGUGGAGGAGGGACGUGGGCGACGACAUUUACCCGGCCUUCCGGUUAAUCCUCCCGGACAAAGACCGGGAUCGCGCGAUGUAUGGUAUGAAAGAGAAGGUGAUCGGGAAGAUGUUCGUGAAGAUCAUGAAGAUCGAUAAAAACUCCGAGGACGGUUUUAAUCUUCUGAAUUGGAAGCUACCAGGACAGACAGCAGCGAAUCGAAUGGCUGGCGAUUUUGCAGGUCGAUGUUACGACGUGAUUUCGAAACGACCCAUGCGGACAGAACCCGGUAGCAUGCUGAUCGAAGAGGUCAAUGAAAGGCUCGAUCAGUUGUCUGCGGCCUCAAAGGAAGAAAAUCAGUUGCCUAUCUUGGCUGAAUUAUAUCGUCGAAUGAGUCCCGAGGAGCUCUUGUGGUUGAUCCGGAUUAUCUUGCGACAGAUGAAGGUUGGAGCCACGGAGCGGACAUUCUUUGACGUGUGGCAUUCGGACGCAGAGAACUUGUAUAGUAUCUCUAGCAGCUUGCGGCGCGUCUGCUGGGAACUCCACGACCCCAAUCUUCGGCUGGAGGCAGAAGACCGGGGCAUAACGUUGAUGCAAUGCUUCCAACCCCAACUGGCACAGUUUCAAAUGCAUUCGUUGGAGAAGAUGAUCAGCCGAAUGAGGCCAACCGAAGAUGAUCAGGUCUUCUGGAUCGAAGAGAAGCUCGAUGGAGAACGUAUGCAGCUGCAUAUGGCGCCUGACAAUUCGUUACCUGGAGGUCGGAGGUUUGGCUUCUGGUCAAGAAAGGCCAAGGACUACACGUAUCUCUACGGGAACGGGAUACACGACGAAAACGGCGCCCUGACCAGACACCUCGGGGAUGCAUUUGUGGAUGGUGUACAGAGCGUGAUUCUGGAUGGUGAGAUGAUCACCUGGGACCCUGAGCAGGAUGCGCCUGUUCCAUUCGGUACACUGAAGACGGCUGCGCUAGCUGAGCAGCGGAAUCCUUUUUCGACGGGACCACGGCCUCUGUUUCGUGUUUUUGAUCUCUUGUACCUGAACGGACGGGACGUGACGAAAUAUACCCUCCGUGACCGUCGGAAUGCCUUGCAAAAGGCUGUUAAACCGGUUAACCGGAGGCUUGAGAUACAUCCUUAUCAAGAGGCCACUACUACUGCAGAGAUCGAGACCGCUCUUAGGACAGUUGUCGCAGAAGCCUCUGAAGGGCUGGUGCUGAAAAGCCCUAGAUCCCCUUACCGGCUGAACGAGAGACACGACGACUGGAUGAAGGUGAAGCCAGAGUACAUGACUGAAUUUGGCGAAUCUUUGGAUCUCAUCGUGGUCGGUGGGUACUACGGUAGCGGUCGUCGGGGAGGUUCUCUUUCCAGCUUUUUGUGUGGACUGCGUGUCGACGGCGCCCAGAGCUCACAAAAUACCAAUCCCAUGAAAUGUUACUCCUUCUGCAAGGUUGGUGGAGGUUUCAACGCACAAGACUAUGCGAACGUCCGCCAUCACACAGACGGUAAAUGGAUGGAUUGGGAUCCGAAGAAACCACCCACGACAUACAUCGAGCUGGCUGGUGGGGAUGCACAGUACGAACGGCCAGACGUGUGGAUCAAGCCAGAUGACUCGGUUGUUCUCUGUGUCAAGGCCGCAUCGGUUUCUGUUAGCGACCAGUUUCGAAUAGGACUGACUCUGCGGUUCCCGCGAUUUAAGAGACUACGCAGCGACAAGGACUGGAAGAGUGCUCUUUCUGUCCAGGAAUUCCUCGAUCUCAAAUCGAAUGUGGAACAGGAGCAUAAGGAGAAGGAGUUCAGUGUUGAUAACGGUCGCAAGAAGCGGGUUAAGAGGACGACGAAGAAGCCUCUCGAUAUAGCGGGAAACAAUGCAGACAGGGAGGUUGGAUACGUUGGACCGUCUGGUCGUAUUUUUGAGGGGUUAAACUUCUAUAUCUUGACGGAUUCAAGCGUACCAGAGAAGAAGUCGAAAGCUGAGCUGGAGCAGCUUGUCAAAGCCAAUGGAGGCAAAUUCUUUCAGACGAGCACUGCUGCACCGAACACUAUUUGCGUUGCGGAUAGAAGAACGGUGAAAGUUGCAUCACUUCAGAAAAGCGGCGAAAUUAAUAUUAUCCGACCCUCAUGGCUUAUGGAAUGUGUCAAGCAAAACACAGUCGAUGCAGGUCACCCAGACCUACUACUCCCCCUUGAAGCAAGGCAUAUGUUCUUCAUGACAGCGAAUAAACAAGAAGAAGUCGAAUCAAACCUCGACCAGUUCAACGACAGCUACGCCCGGGACACGACAGCCAACGAACUCAAGGACAUCCUUGAACAAAUGAGCAAACAACAUAACUUCGACAGCUCACAAUGCCCCGACACAAUCACCAAAAUCACCGUACGCAUCCAAGAACGCGCAUCCUCCGGCUACGAAACCCCCAUUGGCUGGCUUCUCAGAGGUCUUACGCUCUACUUCAACCAUCCCCAAACCGAGGAAACAAAGGAGACAGACCAAGCACACAACCUCCGCACAGUCGCGGCGGCUAACAUCGCAAGAUUCGCCGGCGCAGAUAUUGUUUCUGACACAGCAGACAGGGCUAUAACCCACGUAAUUAUGGACCCUGACACGCCGGCUGCGGAGAUUUCCGCGUUUCGGGGAUCGUUGGCGGCCCGAGGCGCGGGGAGGAAAGUGCCGCAUAUUGUCACGAGUAAGUGGAUUGAAGAGAGUUGGGAUGCAAAGACGUUGUUGGAUGAGGAGAGGUUUCAACCUGCUAGAUGAUACGAUUGUUGUUUGAUUAGUUUGCGAUGAUACCAAUAAUCCUCUCUACUUUUUUUUUUUUUUUUUUU